CGGAAAAUAAAUAUUAGAGGCAAAUCACAAGUGGGCUAAGCCCAAAGGAGCUACGGCCCAUGAGUUACACGACGCCGUAUUCUCCUAUUCUCUUUUCCGGUCGCUUCUCCGCCGGGAAACGAAAACCCGCCCGAUUCUGGUUAUUCUUCUGCCUCCAUUUAGAAGCCGCCUCCCUCUCCUUCACUCCAAUUUUUUUCCUGGCUCGCAACUCUCAUUUCCAGCUUCAUUCUUCGUCGACCAACAUUGCUUAUCGUUCUUCAAGCUGAGAACUUCUCCGCCGGACCCCUGGUCGUAGACUCGCUCGGGGAAGCACCAGAAGACAACAACAACGAGGGAGUCGAGCGGCAUCACUGAACCCUAGAGGUACAGUUUGUAAUCCCUUCGUCUCCUUAUUUGCUUUGUCGACAGCCUCAGCAGUUAGGGUUUUGGUGUGUGAUUAGGAAUUUCGAUUUCGAGAAGAAGCUUAACUUGAGGUUGGAGGAAUUUCGAUUCGCCCUUUUGUGUUGCAGGUUGUUGAAUUUGGGGAAGAGAGAGUUUAGGAGAGAGGAUGGUGAGGAAGAGAGAUCAUGAAGUGGAAGAAGGCUCCGUUAAAAGACAGAGAGUGGAAGAAGGUCCGUCUUCUCCUGUAGAUACUGACAACCCUCUAGUCCCGUACAAUGACGUGGACGAGGAGGAGGAGAAUGAAGCGAGGGAGCGGAACAAUGGCGGUAGGGGUGGAGAAGAGGGAGCUGUUGUUGAUGAUGAUGACGACGAUGAUGAUUAUAAUGAACAAGAGGCGAGCAUUCAGAGGCGGAGGAAGCUACUGGAGCCUCGUGAGGACUGCCCUUAUCUUGACACAGUGAAUCGCCAGGUGCUGGAUUUCGAUUUCGAGAAGUUUUGUUCCGUCUCUUUGUCGAAUCUGAACGUUUAUGCGUGCUUGGUUUGUGGGAAGUAUUACCAAGGAAGAGGGAAGAAAUCCCAUGCGUAUACUCAUAGUCUUGAAGCAGGGCACCAUGUGUAUAUCAAUCUAGAGACCGAGAAAGUGUACUGUCUUCCUGAUGGAUACGAAAUCAUUGACCCGUCUUUAGAUGACAUUCGGCAUGUGCUGAAUCCGAGGUUUACCAGGGAGCAAGUUGCACAGCUGGACAAAAACAGACUGUGGUCUAGGGCGCUUGAUGGGUCUGAUUACCUUCCUGGAAUGGUGGGCCUCAAUAACAUCCAGGGAACUGAUUUCGUGAAUGUUACAAUCCAGUCUCUGAUGAGGGUAACACCUUUGAGAAAUUUCUUCCUCAUUCCUGAGAAUUAUCAGCACAAUCGGUCCUCUCUUGUUCAGCGUUUUGGGGAGCUAACAAGGAAGAUAUGGCACGCUAGAAACUUUAAGGGACAGGUCAGCCCUCAUGAGUUUCUUCAAGCAGUUAUGAAAGCCAGCAAGAAAAGGUUUCGCAUAGGCCAACAGUCUGACCCUCUUGAGUUCAUGGCUUGGCUUCUCAAUACGCUUCACGCAGAACUUAAGACCUCCAAGAAGAAUAAUAGCAUAAUUUAUGACUGCUUUCAGGGAGAGUUGGAGGUUAUCAAAGAGAUACCUAAGAAAGCUAUCACUGAAAAGAAAGAAAAUGGCGGUGACAAGAGUGAGAAAACUACUGAUGGUGAGACAGAACGUGGUGAUGCUCUGAUGGAGAAGUCCAGAAUGCCAUUCUUGAUGCUCGGACUGGAUUUGCCACCCCCUCCUUUGUUUAAGGAUGUGAUGGAGAAAAACAUUAUUCCACAGGUUCCUUUGUUCAACAUACUGAAGAAAUUCGAUGGAGAGACUAUCACCGAAGUAGUCCGACCUCAUAUUGCCCGGAUGAAAUAUCGAGUGACCAGAUUGCCUCGAUACAUAAUCCUUCACAUGCAACGGUUUAAGAAGAACAACUUCUUCAUUGAGAAGAACCCAACAAUAGUCAACUUUCCCGUGAAGAACUUGGAACUUAAAGAUUACAUUCCUCUGCCAACGCCCAAGGAGAACGAGAAAUUGCGGUCGAAGUACGACUUGAUAGCCAACAUUGUCCAUGAUGGCAAACCGAAAGAGGGUGUGUACAGAGUGUUUGUGCAACGGAAGUCUGAAGAGCUAUGGUACGAGAUGCAGGAUCUGCACGUCUCAGAAACACUCCCUCAGAUGGUUGCACUCUCGGAGACGUAUCUCCAGAUAUACGAGCAGCAUCAGUAGUAGGAGCCAUGACGUCCAAGGCUGUGAAACUCGUUCGUGCUACUUCCCUCUCUUUACUUUGGAUGCACGACGUGAAAUCUGAACCCGAUACAGAGCAAAAUCCAACAAGAUGAAUGUUAAGGUUAAUUGUUGUAGUGAUUGAUGUGAUGAGGUAUUUGAUAGUGAUCAAAAUUUUGGAGGGUAGGGAAGUUCUUCCUUUGCUGUAUUACAUAUGGCUAUCAGGUUCGUUGUACGAAAAUGAACGGAAAUAAUUUAUCUCUUCGUGAAGGUACAAGCAGGGUAUUAGCCCAUUGACUAACACUCGAAUGGGCCGGACUCGGUUGGGCUUUGCUUGAUCAGUCCAAUGAAUUCGUUUGGGCCCAAGAACUAAAAACUAGUUGAAACGAAAACGGAAAAGGAAUUCUUAAACAAAAUGGAAAAGACUUA